UGCGUCGGCGGCCAUUUUGCGUUCGGGCAGGGUAGGGCGGGCGGUGGCUACAGCCGGCGGCCAUUUUGGAUGGGGUCGUGCGUGAGGGCGGCGGAGCCGUUAGAAAUCGGUGGGACAGGUGCCCACUUCACCCCACAUGUGAUAACGACACCCAAAGAUGUGCAGCAUGUGAACGGUUUGCAGCUGCUGUGUUAGUAGCAGUUUUCAGUUCCUGAUUCCCACUGUGUUCCAAAUUUGCUUGCCACUGGAAGCUGCUUCUUAGCUAAGGACCAGCCUACACUGACCUAUCAUGGCAUCCAACAAGUUUGUCAUUAAGUGUGGGAACUUUGCUGUUUUGGUGGAUGUUCAUAUUUUGCCUCAAGGCUCCAGUAAAGACACCAGCUGGUUUUCAGAUCAUGAGAAAGAGAACGUCUGCAUGCUGCUAGAGGAAGUGAUUACUUCAAGGGUCAAACAGUACUUGGAGGCACCUAAAGGACGUGGUCAGUGGAAGUCAAUGGAACGUGCACCAUCUGGUCCUCUGUUUCUUACUGGUAGAACUCUUAAGUCAUUACAUUUUCAGACAUUAACUUCUGAUAAGCUUCAUAAAAUGAGAAACUGGAAGAAGUCCAACAGUUUGCAUAUUACUGCCUACUUUAUGAAGAGAUGGGUUAAUCUCCGUUGUGCUGUAGGGAAACGUUAUCGUGACCUGCGUGUGUUUCCAGACAGAUUUAUAGUGUGCGUCAGUAAACUUGACUCUAAUCCAAGCGAUUGGACAUGUGAUGAUGAUGUAUUGAAAGAAGAACUUUCCAAUGGGACGUCUGAAUAUUUUACUGAAUCUGCUGAGAACAAGAAGGUGGAGAUUAGUCUGAAUGAACAAAUAAAGCAAGGCAUCUUGAAAGAAAUUGUGAAAAGGACAAAACUGAAGCAAAGUAGCACAAGCAAACCUCUGAUCAGCAAGGACUCCAAGAAGGUGUCCCUUGGCUCAGUGGACUCGCAGACAGGGAACAGGAAGAACGACUGUCAGACUUCUCUCAGCCCUCAAUCUGAAGUGACAUGCAGGAGGAGUCCAGGACUGCUAAAGGACUGCACAAAUACAAUUGAGAGCAACUUGGAGCUUCCUGUUUUAGAGCUGGAAAAUUAUAUUAAUCAGAGACAGACAGAUGGUGUUAGCAGCCAGAAAAAAACUCACUCUGUGGAGUGGUUGAAGUUGAGUCUUCUGAGCGAGAACCCUCCUUGUAGCUCUGAGUCAGCACUGCUAGGUCCAAAGCGAAGUCAAAAAGUGACCAAAACACAGGCUCAACAAAAGACCUGUGCUCCAGAAGAAAAGCUAGAGCAUUUUGGAAAAGUAUCCUCUGAAGGGACUCCUUUAAUUCCUAGCAAUACAGAGAUGAGUAAAUGUGAUGAUGGUUGUUUAGGUCCAUUCUUGGAGGAGAAGACCCCACUUAAUUCCGGGUUGUUUUCUAAGCGAGACAUGACAAAGGCUGCAUCUGAUGAGGAGUCACUAAGGAAAAACCUCUCCCAGCCUCUUUCUGUGGGGAACAAUAUAGCACAGACAAGCCAAAAUAAGCCAAGCACAACCCCUGAAGAUGUGAUGCCACCAUCAUGUAUAGAGCUGCAGCUUGUGCCUUCAGAGAAGCUUAGCCAGAAAAGGAAAAAAGAAGUUGAAAAUGGUCUCAGGAAGUUAAAACUCCGAAGGCUUAAAAAGUCAUAAAGUCUGAAAUGCUACCUUGACAAUGUGGGUGGACAGCCAAACUUGUGUUUGGAAAGGAUAUGCAAAAAGUAGAAAGCAAUUCAAAACAAAAAAUAAUCAAAAUACACAGUAAAAAUGAGAUAAAACUGUUAAAGAAAAUGUAGGUAACUGAGUAUCUUAGUCAUAAUUCUAACGAAGGUAAUUCUUUAGGGGUUAGACAUUAAUAUUGUAUGAAUGAGGGUAGUAUUUAUAGAAAGAAAAAUCUCUUACACAGUAAUAUUUACCAAGGAAAAUUUUAGAUGUGUUAUGUUUCAGUACUAUUAAAAAGUCAUAUCAGCUGAUGACAGCCAAAGUUAAAUCCACUUUUGUGAUCUGUUAGCAGCUGCAGUGAUUCAGUGUUUUGCUUGUUUCAGGACACUGCUUUAGUAAAAAUUAAUUCUUCCUUUCUCUCUGCAUUAGGCUGUGGUUUAUUCACAUGAUCUUUACAAGUAGGACAAACUGAGCUCAUUUCAGAUAAAACUUUAACCAGGAUUUAAUGUUGCUGGUAAUUUUCAGCGGGGUUUCAAAAUAACAACAGUUUCUGCUUGUGCAGUUUUGAUGUGAACGUUUAUUCUUAGCCCAGGCUGUGGAUACAAGUGAUCGUGCAUUCAGCCUUUGGAGAAAUGAAUAUUGUUUUAUAUUCAUUUAUAUUCAGUCACCUGCAUAUGCAGACCUUGCUGUUGGGAAGAGGUCUUUAUAUGUGAACAGACUUAGUUGUUACUGUAAGAUAGAGAUAAUUUUUAAUUGCACAGUGUUUUUUCAUACUGCUUUUGUAACAUAUAUGUGAAUUACCUAAGGAAAUGUAACUUUUUAUUUCAUGCUUAUCUUUUUAUAUAUUUAGAAUAAAAUUAUAAGCAGUUUUAUCAUUCUCUUCAAA